AUGGCUGACAUUAUCCGCGACUCGUCCCUAGGGCAGCUCAUCCGCCUCCUAACACGAAACAAAUACCUCCUCUACGCCGAAGAACGUCCCGAUUUCGUCUUCCCUACACCAAUUACCGAGCAUGAACAGCAACACCUAAAGGAAAAGGUCGAGGGCGAUGCAGCCUCUACCAGCGACUCCAUCUCAACCAGCGAAUCCAUCUCAACCGGCGAAUCAUCAUCCGAUGCCGAUUUAGAAAGGGUGGAAACCGCGGGAACACGUGAUCUCCGCCCCUAUUUCUCGCGCACAUCGCAAGCUGAAGCGGUGCGGCCGGAGAAGACAAUUAGUAGGGCGAUCCAGCCGACGCUGACUUCUGAUGGGACGAUAUUGGUGGAUUGGUACGCAACGGAUGAUGCCGAUAAUCCUAUGAAUUGGAGUACUGGGAAACGCACAUUCAUCGCUGUCCAAAUCCUACUAUAUACAUUCGCAGUAUAUAUGGGCUCAUCAAUCUACGCCCCUAGUAUCGGCGGUGUGAUGGAGAAGUUUGGAGUUGGAGAAACAGCUGCUUCUCUUGGAUUAGCACUGUAUGUGUUUGGUUACGGAAUCGGCCCUAUGGUUUUCUCUCCGCUGAGUGAGAUGCCACUGGUUGGGAGGAAUCCACCGUAUAUCGCCACAUUCGCCAUUUUUGUCAUCUUGACUUUACCGGGAGCGCUUGCUCCCACAUUCGGUGGCCUUAUUACCGUUCGAUUCUUGCUUGGAGUCUUCGGCUCUCCCAGUCUGGCAACGGGACCGGCGACAUUGCAAGAUAUGUUUCCUCUGCUUAAAAUCCCGUACGUGCUCUCCCUAUGGGCGGCGGCAGCAACUCUCGGUCCGGCUUUGGGGCCAGUGAUCGGAGGCUUCUCCGUCCAAGCCAUGAACUGGCGCUGGGCCCAAUGGGAGAUGCUUUGGCUCUCCGCCCCCAUUUUCCUCCUCAUGUUCAUCUCUCUCCCUGAGACUUCAGCUGCAAACAUCCUCCUCCGCCGCGCCCAGCGCCUCCGCAAACUCCAAAACAAUGCAAAUCUGAAAUCUCAAUCUGAGAUCGACCAAGCCAAUAUGUCUCUCUCCGAAGUCACAUACAAUGCUUUGCUCAUCCCUUGGCAAAUCAACGCCCUCGAUCCCGCGGUCGCGUUUUCGACCUUCUACACGGCGUUGCUAUACAUGAUUUACUACUCAUUCUUCGAAUCGUUUCGGAAACUCGGUCGCCGAAAAAAGAGGAAGUAA